CUGAAUUGCUCUGCUGCUCCUCGGCUCUGGCUAUGGGGCCGUGCGUGUCGGCGGCCACGCUGAGACUCAGGGCGGCUCGUAGGCGGCGGCGGUGCUGAGCCCCGAGGCUUGGAGCCCGGAGGAGCUGCGCUGCGCCGCGCCAAGGCCUGUCUGCUCUGCAAUGAAGAGCUUCUUCGGCUUGCGGAGCCUGCGCUCCACCAGCAGCCCGCGGGUGGAUGGCGGGCGGGAGGGCGGGAGCGCAGCCCCGGGCGGGUACCGCAUCCGCGGCCGCGAGCUCGGCAAGAUCCACAGGGCGGCCAGCGCGGGCGACGUGGCCCGGGUGCAGCAGGUGCUUCUGCUCGGCAAGAACGGCCUCAAUGACAGGGACAAGAUGAACAGGACUGCCCUGCAUUUGGCAUGUGCCAAUGGCCAUCUGGAAGUGGUGACUCUCCUUGUGGAGAGAAAAUGCCAGCUUAACCUCUGUGACAGUGAAAACAGGACAGCUCUGAUUAAGGCUGUGCAGUGCCAGCAGGAGGAAUGUGCAGCUAUUCUGCUUGAACACGGCGCUGACCCGAAUCUGAAGGACACCAGGGGAAACACUGCUCUCCACUAUGCCGCCUCGGGCCAGAGUGUGUCAAUAGCAGCAAAGCUGCUUUCAUACAGUGCUGACAUUGAAGCAAAAAACCAGGACGGCCUCACACCUCUUUUACUUGCUGUAAGUGAGAACAAACAACAAAUGGUGGAAUUUUUAAUGAAGAAGGAGGCAGAUCUACUUGCAUUAGAUAAAAUGCAGAGUCAUCGCCAGCUGGUCUCUGAAUAUAAAGAAGAAAAGAAAUCUAUAAAUUCUUCUCAGAACAGCAAUCAAGAAGCCUAUGAGAAGUCUGAGGAGGACUCUUUAAGCAGACUUUCCAACAAGCCUGACAUUGAUGAUUCAUGGCCUACAUCAGAUGAUGACUUUGAAUUUGAAACGAAGACUGUCCCGAAACCACACUUAGCAAAGCUAAUGACUGCUGCUCAGCUAUCCAAGAAAAACAUUGAAGCAAAAAGUGGCGUCGUGAGCCCAGAAAAUAGAGCCUUAUUUGAAGACAGCAAUUCUGAUAGUGAAAAUGAAGAUGUGGUUGAAAGCCCGCCCAAAGUCCAGGACUUCUCUUAUCCUGCUUUUCCACCAACUGAGCCUCUUCUCAAGCCUCUCAAGUCUUCAGCAACUCUGGGUCUUACCAAAGAAGAAGCAGUUGGAAAAGAAGAAAAUGAUACUGAUAUUAUUAAAAGUACUCGACAAGAACAAGUUAAUACUAACCACUUGACUUCUGUUGAUGGCCCUCACAAAAAUAGAAGUGAUAUGAUGUCAGCACUAGGAUUAGGAGAAGAAGAAGAUAUAGAAUCACCUUGGGAUUCUGAGAGUAUUUCUGAGAGCCUUCCACAAAAGUAUGUUGACCAUUUAUCUGGACUUGCAGAUCAAAGAGGAAAAAAUGGACAAGUAGAAGAUGUGUUUUAUAUCCCUUCAUGCAUGAGUGGAUCAAGAAGCGUUAAGAUGUCUAAACUAGAGGAUGCCAGAAAUGUAGGCAUUCCAGUAGCCCACAUGGAUUAUCCUCGACAAUAUCCUCGCUUGAAGCCACUCGUUGAAGUGAGAGCGUCUGCUUCCCCUAAAACAGCCAAGACGAAGGGUGGACAGACACCCCAACCAGAUGUGUCACCUGACGUGGACUUAGAAAUGGUAUCAGAGAAGGAUCAAGAAAGGCUUGAUGGGACUGAAAGUAACCAUCUUCAGGCUGAAGAAGAAAAGAAGUGUAAGAGGUGUGAAGUGGAAGUGUCAGCAAGUAGCUAUGACAACAAGGGAGCCAUUCACCAAAGAAAGAGUGGAAAGGCUGAGAGCCAGCAUUCUCCUGUGACUGAGGGUGAAGACUCUGACAGUAGCAUUCCUGGCUUGUAUAUGAAGGAAGUAAAAGAAGAGGAAAAUGGAAAAUGGGCAGCAAAAGGCUCUGUGAUUGUUCCAGUGUAUGAGGAGGCUGAUCCAGUAACUGGCAGUGAAUUUGAAUGGAAUGAUGACAGCAGCCUUAGUGAAAUAGAUAAGAACAAUGGAAGGCCUCUAAAGAAAACAUCUAACAAGAGCAAGGUCAAACAGCAGACCAAUUCAGUGGAUGCCCUUGAUGACUUAACUGAGUCAUCGGAAACACCUUCAGAGUUCUGUGAGCUGCCUUACUCGAAUUAUAAGAGUGCUCUGCCACUAGUUAGACAACUUGGCAAAGAGUGUAAAGAUUCUCUUAACGUACUGAAAAUUCAGGAUGCAGUUCUUUCAUAUGAAAGAUUAAUAGAACUCAAGAAAAAUCACUGCGAAGUGCUUACAGGAAAGAUUAAAAAAAUGAAAAAUAAGGUUGGUGGACUACAAAAGGAGUUGUCAGAGACGAAAGAAAUAAAGUCACAGUUAGAGCAUCAAAAAGUGGAAUGGGAGCAAGAACUCUGCAGAUUGAGAUUUACCCUGAAACAAGAAGAAGAAAAAAGAAGAAGUGCUGAGAUGUUGUAUGAAAAAGUCAGGGAACAGUUAAGAAAAACGGAAGAGCAGUACGGUAAAGAAGUCGAGGAGAAACAGCGCCUUGAACUUACUCUGCGAGCACUGGACAUGGAAUUGAGGACCGUGAGAAAUAAUUUAAGCCAGGUUGUAGAGGAACGAAAUGACAUUCAGAGGCAACUUUCUCGAGAACAGGAUGCCAGACUGUUACAAGAAGGAAUCCUGAAUACUCAUCUUUGUAAACAGAAGGAGCUGGAGAUGACUCAUAAGAAAAUGAAUUCUGAGGUUAAUAAUAGUCAUGAGAAAGAAAAAGACCUGUUGCAGAAAAGCCGCAUGUUGCAGGAUGAAAUUGUUAUGCUGAAAGUGGAGAUGGACACAAUAAAAAGUCAAAAUCAGGAAAAGGAAAAGAAGUAUUUGGAAGAUACUGAAUUUCUAAAAGAAAAGAAUGCCGAUCUUCAAAAGACAGUAAAAAAGAAUGAGGAAACAGUCACAGAGACAAUAUUACAGUACAGCGGACAGCUUAAUGUUCUGACAACUGAGAAUACAAUGCUGAAGUCUAAACUGGAGAAUGAAAAGCAGAGCAAAGAAAGACUGGAGACAGAAGUUGAAUCCUACCGUUCGAGACUGACUUCCGCUCUCCAGGAGCAUGAUGAAAGCCAGACAUCAAAAAGAGACCUAGAGAUGACUUUCCAGAGAGCAAAAGAUGAGUGGUUUCGUCUACAAGACAAAAUGAACUUUGAUAUGUCCAACCUAAAAGACAGCAAUGAGCUGCUCUCUCACCAACUUUCUAAAGCAGAAAGCAAGCUCAACAGCCUAGAAAUUGAGAUUCAUCACACAAGAGAUGCUCUCAGAGAAAAGACUUUGGCCUUAGAAUGUCUGCAGAGAGACCUACGUCAGGCACAAGAUCUAAAGAAGGAAUUUGAACAUAUGUAUCAGGAUGAACAAGGUAAAGUGAACAAAUACAUUGGGAAGCAGGAAUCCUUAGGCGAGAGAUUGUCUCAGCUCCAGAGCGAAAACAUGUUGCUGCGACAGCAACUGGAUGAUGCUUACGACAAAGCUGACAGUAAGGAGAAGACAGUCUUGACUAUCCACGACCAGUUCCAGGACGUUGUCAAAAGACUUCAAGCUGACAGCGAAAAACAAGGUCUUAUCUUGGAAGAGAGAAAUAAAGAGUUAAUGAAUGAAUGCAAUCAUUUGAAAGAAACAGUGUAUCAGUAUGAAAAUGAGAAGGCAGAAAGAGAAGUAGUUGUAAGACAACUUCAACAAGAACUGGCAGACACCCUAAAAAAGCAGUCGAUGUCAGAGGCUUCACUGGAGGUUACGUCACGUUAUCGUAUUAAUUUGGAAGAUGAGAAAAAGGACUUAAAGAAGAAAUUGCAAGAAGUACAGGAUCAGCAUACAGAGGCCGUGAGAUGUGCUGAGAAGACACAAGAUCACAUGCAAAAGCUUGAAGUUGAAAAUGCCAAGUUAAACGCUACUAUAAAAAAGCAAGCUUAUAAACUUGAACAGCUUCAGAAGAAUCUGUCAAGUACAAAUUCGAUUGAUGACCUCGCUGCAAAGCUGGAAACUGCAUCUUCACAAUGUCUACAUCUGGAGGCACAAAACCAAGUUCUUCAACAGGAGUUAUUAUCUAUGAAAGCAAUGCAAAAGAAAUGUGAAAAGCUAAUGAAGAAUAAAAAGAAGUUGGAACAAGAAGUCGUGAACCUCAAGAGCCAUAUAGAAAUAAAUGUGGUAGAACUCGGUCAAAUAGAACAAUAUAAACGAGAGAUUGAAGAAAGAGCAAGACAGGAAGUAGUAGAAAAGUUAAAAGAAGUCAAUCUGUUUUUACAGGCACAAGCAACAUCUCAAGAAAACUUAGAGCAGCUAAGAGAGAGUAAUCAUGCUUCAAUACAAAGUCAAAUGGAGCUCAGAAUCAAAGAUCUGGAACAUGAAUUGUCCAAAAUGAAAACAUCUCAAGAAGAUUCUAAUAAAAUCGAGUUGGGGAAAUAUAAGCAACGAAUAAAAAAUCUGGAGUAUGAGCUCUCUAAACUGAAAACUUCUCAGGAAGAUUCCAGUAAGACAGAAUUGGAAAGAUAUAGGCAACUCUACUUGGAAGAAUUAAAAGUUAGAAAGUCACUAGCAAAUAAACUGAAAAAUCUUCACAGGACCAAUGAGAGUUUAGCAGAGGCUAUUAGCACCAGACUUAUGGAGAAACAGAACAGGUCUUUGCUCAGCACUCUCACUGUGAGGCCUUCCCUGGAGACAGCCUGUGUUGGAAAUCUUAAUAAUAGUUCAGUGCUGAAAAGAAAUCUUACUCCAUCUUCAAACCCACAAGCUUCAAAUAACAGCUUGGAGAAUUACUUGGCUAAGAUGCAGCAGGAGUUGGACAAAAAUAUAACUCGGGAACUAGAAGAAGCUGCUGCUGAAUUUGAACCUGGGUCUUAUAGGUCUUCUCCUCUAGUGUCUACAGAUGAGUCAAAUCUAACUCAAGAUCUGCUUUUGAAAACAUCACAAGAAUAUGUAGAAAUUCUGAAGAAAAAUUAUAUGGUCUGAAAGACAAUAGAAUUUAAUUUCUGGACUGUUUACAUAACAUCUUAAUUGUUUCUCAAUUAAUGCCUAAUAUGUGGAAGCCUUUUGUAUCAUAUGUAUGUGAUAAAAAUGUAUGUGCUGUUUUAAA